CCAGAAGGUGAUUGGCACUGUAUGAGUUGCUGCUGCAAAUAUUGUGGGCUGCAGUGUGAAAAGACUGUGAUCGCCUUUGAAGGCCUUGCCCCGUUUCAGAUGUCGACCGAAUGCCUUGUAUGCGAGAAAAGAUUUCACCUAUCCUGUCUUAAGUCCCAUGGAGGCAAUUCCGCUCGUAACAAAAGGCUACCCUUAUGUGGAAACGGAUGUAGGGAGAUAUAUGAGAGACUUCAAGGGCUUCUUCGUGUUAAACAUAACAUAGAGGAUGGAUUUUCUUGGUCUUUUAUUUACCGGGCAGAUACUGACCCUAAUUUAACAAGGUUAGACGCCGAAAAUGUUGAAUGCAAUGCCAAACUGGGAGUUGCAUUAUCGGUAUUGAGUGAGAGCUUCAUGCCAUACAUUGAAGAGGGAAGCGGGACAAAUAUAAUACAAAGUAUUGUAUAUAGUUGUGGGUCAAACUUUCCUCGCCUGGACUGUAAGGGGUUUAUUACUGCGAUUCUAGAGAAAGAUUAUGAGAUUAUCAGCGUUGCAUCAAUCAGGAUUCAUGGGAACCAACUAGCAGAGUUGCCAUUUGUUGCAACUGUUUUUGCUUAUAGGAAGAAAGGAAUGUUCGCUCGGCUUCUAAGGAUAAUUGAAUCGACACUCAGUCACCUCAACGUUGAGUUAUUGGUGGUACCAACCGUGAAACAAACCAGAGAAACUUGGAUUCGUUCUUUCGGGUUUGAGCCAGUCGAUUCGACAACAGAGAAAAUAAUAAAGGGCGUGAAUAUGUUGGUUUGUCGUGGCACAGAAAAGUUACAGAAGAGGUUACCAAAGCUUACAUAAAGUUCCUGGUUUGUGGACGGUGACCCUUGACAAAACCAAGUUCAAUCUCGGAGAAACAUCAUCCUACAUAAGACUGCUCUCUUUGCCUAUUUUAUCAUUUGGUGGACAAAACUGUUUUAUAUUUAAUGUUCUGUUGUAGAUUUACUACCUUGGUUUGGAGUUAUUGUUAAUUAAAAUGGAUUGGUUCUAAGUGACAUAACAUGGACAACAAAAAGUACUUUUUACAACUACAGAAAAUUAAGACAACUUGUUCAUUUGUCUGUUUUCUUUCAAUUUGGAAGUUAAGUUGGUCUUGGUUGCCC